AUGAAGAAAGUCUUCAUUGACUACAGUAAAUACUCCAAAACCUCAGGAUCUCACAGACUGCUAACAACAAGGCCCACAGUGGUCACUCUAUUCUCUACUGAUGAUGCAGAGACACUAAAUGAAUUGGACCUCAGUAUGCCUGCUAUUGCUUCCAUGGUCACAAGGGUCCUCAUACUUCACGGGGUCUCCAUACCUGUUCUGUUCCACGGAAACUACUGGGUCCCAGACCACUUCCUGACUGUGGUGAAAAGGCACCUGGAACCUGUGCCACCUCAGAAUUUGCAGUACUUCCAGGAUCCAGUAAAAUUUGAGGAUGUGGCAGUGAACUUCACCUCAGAAGAGUGGGCUGUGUUGGAUUCUAGUCAAAUGAAGCUCUACAGAGAUGUAAUGAAGGAAACGUUUUUGAACCUGAUCUCCAUAGAAGAAGCACUAGAAGAAAAUAUUGAAGAGGACUAUAAAAGUCUCAGCAGGAAUAUGGGAAUUCAGAGGGUUGAAAAAGACCAUGGAAGUGAAUGUCAUAAUGAGUGUGAUAAAAACCAGCAAGCUAGUCCAGAGUGUAUGAUCAAUAAAGACUUGCCUUCCAGAGUACUUGAAACUUCUCCUGAAGAGAAACCUAGGAAAAAACAAUGUAAAGAAGCCUGUAGGAGUCUGUGUUUAGAUCAGCCUCAGGAGAGAACUUAUACUGGAGAUAAACUCAAUGAGGAUGUCUUCAUGAGAUACACACAUAGACAGAAUGAUGAACAAAACCAUAAAGAAGUGGAACAACAUGUAUGUAGUCUCUGGGAAGAAUCCUUCGUUAAUUCUAGAGAGCUUACCAACCAUGACAAAAGUCAUAUUGAAGAGAAAAGUUACAUUUGUAGGCAAUGUGGCAAAACAUUUAAAUAUAAAACAUGUUUUGAGAAACAAAAAGUAACUCACAAAGGAGAGAAACCAUAUACUUCUAUACAUUAUGGAAAAGCCUUUACCCAAUUCAAUCAUUAUCACAGUCAGGAAAGCAGUUACAUUGGACAAAAGCCUUAUUCCUGCAAGCAUUGUGGAAAAAACUUUACCAGUUCUUCUUAUCGAAGCAUUCAUGAAAGAAUUCACACUGGAGAGAAACCUUAUGCAUGUGAGCAUUGUGGAAAAGCCUUCAACAACCACAGUAGUUGUAACACACAUGAGAGGAGCCACACUGCAGAGAAACCUUAUGCAUGUAAGCAUUGUGGAAAAAACUUCACCAGUUCUUCUUAUCGAAACCUUCAUGAAAGAUUUCACACUGGAGAGAAACCUUAUGCUUGCAAGCAAUGUGGAAAAGCCUUUUUCUGUCUCAGGAAUCUGAAAAGGCAUGAAAUAAUUCACACUGGAAAAAGGCCUUAUGCAUGUAAGCAUUGUGGAAAAGCCUUUAAGAGCGCCAGUAAUUGUAACAGACAUGAGAGGACCCACACUGCAGAGAAACCUUAUCCAUGUAAGCAUUGUGGAAAAAAGUUCGCCAGUUCUUUUUCUCGAAACAUUCAUGAAAAUAUUCACACUGGAGAGAAACCUUAUGCAUGUAAGUAUUGUGGAAAAGCCUUCAACAGUCCUAAUAGUCGUAAGAAACAUGAAAGUAGACACACUGCAGAAAAACCUGCAUGA